UCCAGGCAUUCGGAGAUGGAUAAAAGAGAGAACCAUGUUUCCAUAGAGUUGCAGGAAUCAGCCUCGGCCGAGCCGGUUCCUGAGCUCCUCAAGCUUAUAACGUCCAGCGAAGUGGUCGAUUUCGAUAGCAUCAUGCCGGAAAGUGAAACAUCUGUUUCCUCUAAUGGUCAUCAGAGGAAGUUUUCUAUUUCAAUCAGCAUGCCAUCUUCUCCUACAGGAGCUACCUCUGCAGGCACCAAGAAUGUUUUAGAUGUUGAAUACAAUGGAAAAGGUUUCAAUGAUUCAUCUUCGGUCAAGGCUAGUAAACCGAAGCCGAAAGGAGUCCAGUUUCUGUCUCAGCCAAUGCCCAAAGGAUCAGUCUUUGGGGAGGCAGCUCCUAACAUUAAAAAGCUCAAGGACAAGAGGUUCAAUUCUUUCAAAACAUGGUCCGGUAAGCUCGAAAGACAGCUAACGAAUUUACGUGGAAGGCAGCAGUCGGAAAGCGAAUCGGAAGAAGAGUCCACGCAAAAUUCAGGGCGUGAAGUAUUACCUGUGGACAGAUACUUCGAUGCACUCGAAGGACCGGAGUUGGAGACCUUAAGAGCUUCUGAGGAAAUUGUGCUUCCAGAUGACAAGACUUGGCCUUUCCUUCUUAGGUAUCCAAUCUCUUCAUUUGGUAUAUGUCUGGGAGUUAGCAGCCAAGCUGUUAUGUGGAAAACCUUGGCCACUGCUACCUCUACAAAAUUUCUUCACAUAAGCCUGACUGUAAAUCUCAUCCUAUGGUGGAUAUCGAUCACUCUCGUAGCCGUCGUGUCUUCCAUCUACCUUACGAAAGUUGUUCUCUACUUCGAAGCUGUUCGUAGUGAGUAUUACCAUCCGAUACGGAUCAACUUCUUCUUUGCUCCUUGGAUAGCUCUUCUGUUCUUAGCACUUGGAGUGCCACCUUCAGUUGCCACAACCCUGCCAGUAGCUUUAUGGUAUGUUCUUAUGACCCCAUUCCUCUUUUUGGAGCUUAAAAUCUAUGGACAGUGGAUGUCGGGCGGUCAACGGAGGCUUUCCAAGGUGGCUAAUCCUACGAACCAUCUCUCGGUUGUCGGGAACUUUGUUGGGGCACUAUUGGGUGCAUCAAUGGGGCUUAAAGAAGGGCCUAUAUUCUUCUUUGCUGUUGGAUUGGCUCAUUACACAGUCCUUUUUGUAACCCUUUACCAGAGACUUCCAACGAAUGAAACACUCCCCAAAGAUCUCCAUCCUGUAUUCUUCCUGUUCGUUGCAGCACCGAGUGUUGCUUCGAUGGCAUGGGCCAAUAUCCAAGGAUCGUUCGAUUACGGAUCACGGAUCGCUUACUUCAUCGCCCUGUUCCUCUAUUUCUCAUUGGCAGUUCGGGUUAACUUUUUUAGAGGAUUCAAGUUCUCAUUGGCUUGGUGGGCGUAUACGUUCCCGAUGACCGGUGCCGCGAUUGCAACGAUGAGAUAUUCAAGUGCAGUCACAAAUGUAUUAACUCAGACUCUUUCUGUCAUUCUGUCUGUUGUUGCUACAUUGACUGUAACAGCUCUGCUUGUAACGACUAUAGUGCACGCCUUUGUCCUACGAGACCUCUUCCCCAACGACAUCGCCAUCGCCAUUAGCGACAGGAAGCCGAAACCUCAAAACAAGUGGUUCAAUCUUUUAAGACAUGGCAGCUCAGAUCAUGACAUUGAAACUUUCUUGAAAUUUACAAAUUCUGAAAGCAAGGACAUAGAGGUUGCACUAAAAAUUCCCACUGCAGAAGCUACUAGAGUGUAGAAACUUCAUGCAUCUGCCUUAGUUUUCGACCAUUAUCCGGUUUUUUUCUGGAAUCUUGAGCACUCAGACAUGUGAGGAAUGUCCAAAUUUGGAGUUUUGAAGGGUUCCGGUGACCAUGUUUGCAGAGAGAAAUGAUAGUUUCUGGAAGUUCAUGAAAGCAUUGAAUAUUCAUCAGUUGUAGAUAGCAGUGUGUAUGAGACUGAUAUAUAAUAAAUAAGUUAUUUGUGU